GCUCCAGCGUCCACCGCGGCCACGAUGCGGCUUGCGACAGAGGAGCGAUACAGCGCGGUGGCAGACGCAGCGCACGGCGGCGACGGCACGGCGCAGCACACCCUCGGCCUAUUGCACUACUCCGGCGUCGGAGGUGCGCAGAGGGACGAGCGUGAGUCCGCCUACUGGCACGCUGCAGCCGCCGUCGCGGGCAACGUCGAGGCGCUCGCCACGCUGGGCGGCUGCGUGCGGCGAGGCGUCGGAGCCGAGCUCGACGAGGCGGCCGGCCUCGACAUCAUCACUGCAUGUGCGGCAGCUGGCUCGCCCGUCGGACUGGUCAAGCUGGGCGUCUGCCACGAGGACGGCGAUCUGCCCCGCAAGCCCGCUGAUGCGCAGCGAGCAGCCGCCCUCUUCGAGUCCGCAGCUUCGGUGUGGGUCGGAGGCGAGCCACCGAGCGAGAGCGAGUCGGAGAGCGAGGCGUCUCCUCCGCCGCGCCGCAGAUCGGCACUCGCCCUCUUCCAGCACGGCUUUGCUCAGUUUACGGCAUCGGCACGCGGCGGGACGUCGAGGCGGGCGCUGCGGCGUGGCUCUCUGCGGCGAAGCUGGCCCCGGACGACGGUGCGGAGGAGGCAGCGUGGGGCCUCUACUCCGAGCAGGACGCCAGCCCAGCCGUGCAGCCGCGAGGCCGGGGCUGUAGGAGAGCUCUUCACCCGUCCCCGCCCCUCCGAGCAGGGAAGCCUCUCGCCGGCGCUGCGCCGGCGCGUCCACCCCGACCGCUGCUUGCGCCUCUCCGCCGCCCUCGAAUACGCUCCUGCUGUCGCUGAGCUUGCGCGCCGCGGCGAGCGGACGGGUCAGCGCG